AUGGCAACCCUCGCGGUGGGAGACAGCUUCCCUGAGGGAGUCACCUUUUCAUAUAUACCUUAUGCUGAAGACAAAGAGGGCAUCAGCACCUGCGGCGUUCCCGUAACCUAUGACGCCUCCAAAGAGUUUGCCGACAAGAAAGUGGUCUUGUUCUCCGUCCCUGGUGCCUUUACUGGUACAUGCUCCGAGAGGCACCUUCCGGGAUACAUCAAGAAUAUGUCUCGUUUCCGCGAGAAAGGAGUCGACGUGAUAGCCUGCAUCGCCUACAACGACGCCUACGUCAUGAGUGCAUGGGGCAAAGUAAAUCAGGUCAAAGAUGAUGACAUUCUUUUCCUGUCAGACACGGACACUGCAUUUUCCAAGAGCCUAGGGUGGCUUAAAGGGGAACGCACGGCUCGAUACGCAAUGAUUGUUGACCAUGGCAAAGUAAUAUACGCAGAGAAGGAGCCUGGUCGGGAGGUGACGGUGUCCUCGGCUGAGUCUGUGUUGGCACAGCUUUGA